AAUAAUGACUAUUAUAGAAAAUGGGAUUUAUGACAGGCAACUCCUUUUGACCUCUGGUCAGUCAAAGGCUGUCUCCUCUCUAGCGGGAAACUUCAUGAGUCACAUCUUUGGAACUCCAGAAGACGGCAUGGUGCUGUCACACCUUUAUCAGAAGGCAUAUAUGUGUUAUAUAAAAAAUCUAACCACAAUGUGCUUCAAAGCUUGGACUCAGUUCAUCUUAAGCAGGAGGAAAGCAGCUGCGCUGCUGGCACUGAAGAUGAGCGCAGCCAAAGAGCACCACGAGCAAAAGAUGCUGAGAACCGCCCUUCGCCGGUGGAUGAACUGGGUGCAGGUGCGAAGGUACAUGCUCCAAGAAGCAAUCAAGAAAAUCAGAAGUGUCUACCACGGUAUCCUCUGCAAAAUGGUCUUUCAUGCAUGGCGGUAUGUUGCACAAGACUCACGGGAGACAAAGGAGUACUUUGAGAGGCUGGAGAAGGGGCCGGUGGACAUGAGGAGCAACGACUCCAGCACCCCGCAUUGGCAUGGGAAAGACGGCGUGUCCAUGCUGCCGUGGAAAAUUGCACUGAAGAUCUUUCAGUGUUUGUCCUUCGGAGACCUGGUGAGGUGUAUGCUAGUGUGUCCCACCUGGAGGGCAAUCGCACACACUCCCUGCCUUUGGAGUCAGAUCAACUUCUCAUCUGAGAAGCACCACAUUGCGGAUGGCACGGUGGUUCAGAUUCUGCAGAAGUACCGCCCGUUCGUGGUCCACUUGAACAUGCGUGGCUGCAGCAGCCUCCGUUGGCCUAGCUUCCGCUGCGUUGGCGAAUGCAGGAACCUUCAGGAGCUCAACCUGUCCGAGUGCAGCGGCGCUGACGAUGAAUCUGUGAGAGUGAUCCUGGAAGGCUGCCCUGCCCUGCUCUACCUCAAUUUGUCCCACACACCCAUCACUGACAGCACUUUAAGGAGCCUUUCCAGGUGCUGCGUGAACCUGCAGUGCCUGAGCCUGGCGUGCUGUCGGCGCUUCACGGACAGAGGGUUACGGUACCUGGCCGCGGGUAAAGGCUGCCGCAAGCUGCUCCACCUGGACCUGUCGGGCUGCGCUCAGAUCACGGCGGAGGGCUUCGACCACGUCGCCGCGGGAUGCGACCUUCUCCGACGCGUGGAGCUCAACGACGUGCCCACGCUCUCCGAUCAGUGUGUGACGGCGCUGCUCUCCAAAUGCCGCUCUCUGCACACGGUGUCCCUGCUCGAUACCCCCCGCCUCUCCGACGCUGCGUUUAAGGCCAUCGCCGAAGGGUGCGAGCUCAGGAGGAUCAGGGUGGAAGGUAACGGUCGCAUGACGGACGCCAGCUGGAGCAGCUUCUGUAGGAAGUGUCCCGGUCUGAAGCGCGUUCAUGUGGCCGACUGUCCGCAGCUGUCCGAUGGCUCCCUGAGGUGCUUGGGCUCUCUGAAGGACCUCACCUCCCUCAGCAUUGCGGCCUGCAAGAGGGUGAGCAAUGUGGGGCUGAAGCGCCUGCUCGACGGUCCCUGUGGACCCAGACUCCAGGAGCUGAACCUGUCUCGCUGCUUCCGUGUGAGGGACGUAUCUCUCGUGAGGCUCGCGGAGAGAUGCCUCAAACUGAAGUCGCUGAGCCUGUGUUACUGUGAGCGCUUGACGGACUCGGGGUUCGAGCGGCUGGGGGACCUGUCCUCCCUUGCGUCCCUGGACCUCACCGGGACCAACGUCCAGGACGAGGGUCUGACGGCUCUCGGAAGCCUCUCGUCCCUGAAGCAGCUGAGCCUGUCCGAGUGCCUCGGGAUCACGGACGUGGGAAUACAGAAGUUGUGCAGACUAGCGCCGGGACUCGAGAGCAUGGACGUGUCGCACUGUCUCUCGCUGUCGGACCAAGCGGUCAAGGGCCUGUCCUUCUACUGCCGGGGCCUCGUCGCCUUCAGAAUGCAGGGCUGCCCUGAAAUGACGGACAGGGCCGUUCAGUACCUGACAGCCACGAGUCAGUUCCUGCAUCUGCUGGACGUGAGCGGCUGCGUCCGCCUCACCGACCGCUCGGCCGUGCUCCUGCGCAGGGGCUGCCGCCAGCUGCGCUCCAUCUCCAUGCUCUACUGCCCCAACAUCUCAAAACAUGCGGCCCUUUCGCUGCAGCCCCAUGCCUCGCACUGGGAGCACAGCAGGGACGACGUGCCUCUCUGGUACGGGUACGACAGCCAGGGCCUGUUGCUGCCUCCCAUGAAGCAUCCAAGCCUGCCGGAGGAGGCAUGAGAACACGAGGAAGACGGGGAGGAGGAACCUAUAGGACCAGCAAGCAUGGCAAACCCAUGGGGUGUGUCUCCUCCCCUGGGCACCUGUACCCACAAGAAAGUCACCCCACACACACACACACACACACACACACACACACAGAUUCACAGGCCACACAACUCUAUCCACUCCGCCCACAAACUUCUCCACAGGUACAGAUAGAUCAUUUCUAAGGAAAGCUAAAUUGUAACAUUGUCAUUUAAAGUUCUCAUUUAUUGAUAAGACAACGGAUUGUUUUCAAUAACAAGAUGUUAUUUAAAAACAUAACACGCGUGUCACUUUUUCACACACACAUUCCUCGCAGAAACGUUCAGCCGUCGAGUAAAAUCAAAGACAAAUCACUCCGUUAGGUCAGUUUCCACUGGGAGUCAAAUUCUCAUUUUUUAUGCAAAAAAAAAAAAUAAAUUGGUUCCAAAACAAAAAAAAUUUCAUCUAAAACUAUUUUAAAUAGCAGAAUAAAGAGUGCUUUACACCUGAAAGUGCAUAUGUUACUGGUAACAAAUUAUUUACAGCGUGUCCUUUAAUGACAUAUUUUCACUUGUGCAAGAACGGCUUAUCUAGCGCACGGUCACCGUGGUCUGGAGCGUAUCCAGGAAACACAGGCCGUGGGGCAGGUGCGCCCGGAGGAGGAGCGUGUUCGCGCCCGGUUAGUUAUCGUUACCGAAAAUCCUAAGCGGAAGGAUCCAGGGGUGUAGAAAUACAGUCGCGUUUUCUAUGUGCCUUCAUACUUAGUGGACACAGAACUUCAGUGACGAGAAAUAUACGUGUUGCGUGGACUGCGCUUGGGG